AUGUGGUUAUUGGCCAUCUCUCUUGUGGGUCUUCUUGUUGUUGUGGUCUGUGUCUUCCUGAGGUUUUCGAAAGACAAAGGUUUGGAUGGUAUUGUAAAUGAGAAGAAGAGAGAUAAAAAUUCAGCUCCUCGUGUCUCAGCAUCAGGAGAGGAUGGUACUAAAAAUGAGCAGGUAGAGAAGAAGUCAGAUCCUAGUGGAGGAUUAGGAGAGGAAAACGAGAAAACAAAUUCAGAGUCAAAAGUCUUAUCAGUUCCUUCAGACCAGAAUAUAAACAAGACGUUACCUGUAAUGUUACCAUCACUAGAACUCCGUAAAUACGACGAGAACGAAACCCCUGGGAAAGUGGUUAAUCGUAGGUUGUUAGUAUCAACUAAUGAAAUGAAAUAUGGAAGAAAUGGCUAUGAGGUGUUUCAGGGUGUUUAUGGACGAAGAAGUUCAGUGGCCGUGAAAUGUCUUGAUCUAGCCCAUACUACGGAGGCUUUUAUUCAGAACGAGAUUGACAAUCACUGUUUAUGUGACGAUCACUCAAAUAUAAUUAGGUUUCAUGGUUUGGAGCAAGACCAAAGUUUUGCUUACAUUUGUCUAGAGCCUUGGAAAUGCAGUUUAGAUGAUCUAAUAAAAUUAUCUGUCAGAAGAACAAAGAGGGAUACUCAAGCGGUAGCUCCAGUGGAUGAUUUGGAAAAAGUUAUGAAAAGAAUCAAAUUCUGGAAAGAAAAGGGGAAGCCAUUACCUCUAACUCCAAUGCUAAAACUAAUGAGGGAUGUAGUUUGUGGGCUUGCCCACUUGCACAAGUUGAAAACAAUUCACCGGAACUUGAACCCACAAAAUGUGCUAAUAAUAGUGAAAGAUAUGACUUUGACUGCCAAGAUAUCCGAUAUGAGCUUAAGCAAGCAUCUCGGUGGGAAAAAGUCAUCAUAUAAACACCUUGCAACAUGUUCUGGUAGUUCAGGAUGGCAAGCACCGGAGCAGCUUAACAAAGAUAAGAAAAAAAAGGAGGAUUUUCCAGCUGACAUGUUUAACUUUGGCUGUCUCCUGCAUUACGCCGUAAUGGGAACACAUCCUUUUGGAAGUCCUAGUGAGCGUGAUACUAACAUCAAGACCAACAAUAAAACCAACCUCUCGCUCGUAACGAACCUUGAAGCCAUAAACCUCAUCGAGCAGUUGCUUAACUACAAACCUGAUUUACGUCCUAGUGCAACUCAGGUGCUUCUCCAUCCUCUGUUUUGGGACUCCGAAAAGAGGCUUUUUUUCCUUCGGGAGGCUAGUGAUCGAAUUGAGCUUGAUAUUACAAUGUGGGGCGAUCUGAAUAAAACAAUAGCUCCAAGAGUUUUAGGAGAGAGUAAGGACUGGGCUAGUAAGCUAGGUAAGACCUUCAUAACUCACAUAGAAAAUUUAGCACAAGCCCAACCAGGCCAAGAAUCCAGACAGUAUAAUCGUAGUUACAAGUAUUGGAGCCUUCGCCACUUAUUAAGAUUGAUAAGAAACAUCCUGAGUCACCACAGAGAGAUACUUGAUGAUCCAAAAAUUAAGGAAAUGGUGGGAAAGGUUCCUGAAGGAUUGGAUAUCUUCUUUACUGCUCGUUUCCCGAAUUUGAUGAUGGAAAUCUACGCAUUCAUCUCUAUGCACUGCAAGGGAGAAGAAGCGUUCGAGAAGUACUUCAACUAG